AAGUACGCUUACUAAAAAUAGCACAGUUUCUGGAGAAAGCCUAAUUCUUGUUUCUAGUGGUCAGUAUUGAUACACAGGACUUGUAAGAGCUAGUCUGUCAGGGUAUGUCAAGGAUGGCAGAUCCAACUCUUAACGCCCUGGUGAAUAGCGUGUCCAGUCACCUUGAACCACGAGAAGUAAUGGAUUAUUUAUAUCAGGAACAUGCGCUCAGCGAGGAGGACAUGGACUUGGUCAAUGUGAAGGUCACACGUAAAGAUAGAUGUCGUCUGCUGGUGGAGAGACUGACUUUCAGGGACAACAAGGUCAAGGCCUUGAAAACAUUUGUGGACAGCUUGAGGUCGGAUUAUAGUUUUUUGGUGUCACCGGUUGCUGCUUCCGUCAAAUCUGUUAUUUCGUCAAUCCAUGAGACUGCUGCCAUCCAAACACGCUCAGUUUCAGUGGUUGCCCCCAUCCGUGAUAGUUCCACUGACUCAGACGACGAAAACUCAUUUACAAACAGGCGACAUGCAAAAACAAAGGGAAUCAUUGCGCGCCCGUUGCCGAAAUCGGGAGUAAUCAUAGACAGGAGAGUCCAUCGUGUAUUCAACAUCCUGAGUAACUCUCUCAACAAGGGAGACUACUCGCAGUUUCGCGACAAUUCCCAGAAACUGAUGUCGUGUUGUCGAUGUCCGGCAGACGUGCGAUGCACUGUCCUCUACCUACAGUGUUGUCAGUCCUUGUUUCAGAACGACCUGAGUCAAACUAAAUUGUUGUGUCAAGAAGCAUCAAAAUUGUUACAACAUACCAGCAACCCCCUCGGAUUCUCUGUGGACAUUCUUUCCAAAAAAGCGUGGAGAUAUUUUAAACUUAACAAACUGAGUAAGUUAGAGAGUUGUCUUCGAGACGCCAUGCAGCUGAUUCAUCAAGAUCCACUAAGUUGCUCCGGGAAAGCGGCAGGGUGGAUAUUUGUUGAUCAUGCAAGACUAUUGACAUCUAUCCUCGAAGUAGCUAGUCCACGUCGAAGUCACAAUCUUAGACAACAAGCGCUCCGCAGUUUGGAGGAGGCAAUAGAACACUUCAAAAGAGAAAACAGCAAUGAUGGACUCUUUGGGCAAUCUCUCGCCUUCGUUAAGUAUGCCUCACUUCUUCUCCAAUGUGGGGAGAGUAUGCAGUUUUCUGGGCUGAACCUCAAUUCAUUAAGUGUGGAUAAAGCCAAGGAUGUUUUGCGGAUUGUUGAAGAAUCGGAAAUUGGCGUCCCUGAGAUUCUUCGAGUGACGUACUACACAGCAAUGUCGGACCUUCGUUACCGCCAGCAGAACGUCCAGCGGGCUCUAGAGUACGCUGCAGACGCCUCGGAACUGUCGGGAAGACUUGGAAUGUGCGAGGAGCAAAGAAACGCAGGCACAAGGGUAGACUUCUACCAAACACGAAGAAGUAAAGAACAAGUAACCUUAAUCACGGCAGAUAUCGAGGCAAUAUGGGCAGAGAGUGCCAGAGAAGCAGACGCAGACGACACAUGUGUACCGGUUUCAGAAACAAAGAAGGUCGGAUCGGAUAAGCGAUGUAAGAAAAGUAACUGGAUAAGGGAGGUUAUGUUGUGGGUGCGCUUCGUGGCUCUACUUUUGUGCAUCAUGGUGGGGUUUGUCACGCCACUUACGCUCAAAGAUGUGCAGUAGGAUCCAUGACAACAGUUUGACCUACGUGCGUUGUGCAACUUGUAAAUUGGGUCACUUGUAAUGAAAUUAUGUCGAACACAAAGAGUCUACAGUUUUCAAAAGAAACCAGACACUCUGUUUCAACCAAUAGGUGAAUACUACUAGUCUGCUGGUUAGAAACGAUGUUGCAAAGGAAGCAGUGCUCAAUAAGUCUUCUGUGGAAAUCUCGUUUAAGGUUUGUCAUGAAAGUGUUUAAGUCUUUAACUUUCGUAUAAAAUGACAUAAGCGAACAAUGUCUCUACUUGCUGGGGCUUUCCAGCCUUAUACGGGUGGCGGAUACGAUCCCAACUAAACAUGCAGAGUUUAUCAGCAAUAGAGUGUUGCAGCAUGGUAGAGAGUAGUACACAAUUAUCAUCAAAAGCAGGGAAUUGUAUGGUGAGGGAUAAAAGGGGCAUGUGAGGCUACUUACUAUCGGUCAUUUACUGGACAACAAUUAUGGUCAACAAAACGUCCGUUGUGCGGUGCUUGGUAAGGUUUUGCAUACUGUUUAAUGCGGAUCUCAAGGAGAUGUUGAAUUAAAUGUUUAAAUGUAUGUGAUUAGGCGUGACGAGUUAUGUUGACCAACAAUGUCAGAUCUUGACUUGAUUUAGUCACGAAUCAAAUCUUUAUUCAGCCCAUUGCUGAAUAUAUUAUACACACCUGGAAAAAACGUUAAGCACCCCCUCCUGUUGUAGCUAUGAGUUUUUAAACCUGUGCCCUGACCCCAAAUCUUUGGCAUACAAAGCAGAACAUUUCAUUGUGUGUAUUAUUGGCAAAAUUGGUACGCGAUUUAAGUAUGGAGCUGGAGGGUUCCCUAUAUUGUUAUGGCUCGUAAGAUGCUAACUACAAAUGACCAAUAUGGCUUUAACAGGACUGUGUAACCACCACUUGCCCUGAUAACCGCUUGAACAUUCUCCACAUGCCCCCAGUGACUGAUGCGUUCCUGGGGUAGGUUUUGCCAUUCUCAGUGCAAUGCUUGUGACAAUUCCUGUCGUUUGACUACUGUUGGGUCCAGGUUCGCGCGACAGUGAUUAUCUUUGUCAUGGGGCACUAACUUUUUCCCACGUGUAUCCAUGACGGACUACUUGGGGUUUUUACAUUCUGUUUCAGUAUUCAGUUUGUUACUUUAACGCCUAUUAUCGUUUGGCACAUGGAUUGUUAGUUCAUAUAACAUACGUUUUGUUAUAUCAUGUCAAUAUAGUGCAAAAUCAUAUUUUUGAUUGUGUGUAUUGUAACACUUCAGCAUUUUAGCUGAACACUAUAUCUUUCCUUUACAGUGGCGUUAUCGAGCCUUUCACUGGGUGGUGCAAUAUCAUCGUUUCAGUUGACUCAAAGAGUACAUUUAUGUCACAGUAGCCAAUAUGUUUAAAACAAAUAUCAGAUUUUGCUUGGGAUGUUCCGGUAAUUGCUUCACACACCAAAGGGACUACUAAUGACCUGUCGAGAUAAAUAGUGGGAUAUAUAUGAAAAUCCCAAACGUUGAGUAUGUAUUAUAACUCAACGUUGCCCCCUUAUAAACCUCAAUUUGAUGAGGAUAUUUGAGUUGCAAAAUAUAGAGCAAGGAACCUUUUAUUUUGAGCAAAUAUUUGUUUAUGAGGGUUAUUCCAGGGUAUUAACCCUUCCAGGGUUGGAACAUUGAGCUGUCUUACAUAUUGCUUUGCCUUACACUUCGAUAACACUGUUGUUCAAAAAGCAAGGAACUUUCUAUACUUUGGUGUAUUAAGAACAAAUACAGUAGUUAUGUGACACUGUAGAUUAUUACGGCUACAUUUUAAAGGUGUGGCGAGGCACUAAUAUAGUGACGUCUGUGCGCGUGCGUGUGCGUGCGUGCGUGUGUGUGUGCAUGCUUUAUGCACUGUUAGUUUUAUGGUGCUAGCCCACUGAGAUACCAGGCCGCAGUUUAACAUGAAUACCCCACUCAGACAUAGAAUACUCCGAUCUCCGACCAGUCCUUGUUUUUUACCCUUAAUGCAGAGCGCCAGACAGGAAAAUAACGUACCAUUUUUAGCGUCUUUCGGUAUGAACCACCGACCAUCUCCGGGCGCUAUCAACGAGACCACAGAGGUGGUCGCUACAUAGUCAUUGGCUGGAUACACCUAACUGAGUGUCUACAUGUACUUUGCUCCCUUUGGCGAUUGCCCAUUCUAAACGGCAUUUUCAAAUAAAACCUUUUCCUAUUUGAAAACUUAAUUAAUUUCUCGCCUUGAAAGUAUCGUGCAGUGUUAAAGCUUAGAACCGUGUCUUGUGUCCAGUAGGGUUGUUUGUGUUAUUACGUUGUUACUGUUGUGUUUUUGGAAACAAUUGCAUGGUCACUUUUCAUUUCAUUAUCUAAAAUAUAGUUUUGAGACUAAUAAAUGGGGUGCCGGUUUGCUUAAAUGGGA